GCCUUUUUCCGCAGUCGGGAAACAGUUGAGCUGCUUAAAAUGGCGCCGUUAGAUCUGGACAAGUACGUGGAGGUUGCAAAACAGUGCAAAUACCUUCCGGAAAACGAUUUAAAGAGAUUAUGUGAUUAUGUCUGUGAUUUAUUACUUGAAGAAUCAAAUGUCCAGCCAGUGUCCACUCCAGUAACAGUAUGUGGAGACAUUCAUGGACAGUUUUAUGAUUUAUGUGAACUUUUCAGAACAGGAGGUCAGGUCCCUGACACAAACUAUAUUUUUAUGGGUGAUUUUGUAGACAGAGGGUAUUACAGUCUUGAAACCUUCACCUACCUCUUGGCCUUGAAGGCUAAGUGGCCUGACCGUAUCACUCUCCUACGGGGUAAUCAUGAGAGCAGGCAAAUCACACAGGUGUACGGAUUUUAUGAUGAAUGCCAAACUAAGUAUGGAAAUGCAAAUGCCUGGAGAUACUGUACCAAAGUGUUUGACAUGCUAACUGUGGCAGCGCUAAUAGACGAACAGAUCUUGUGUGUACAUGGUGGACUGUCUCCUGAUAUCAAGACUUUGGAUCAAAUUCGAACCAUUGAACGAAAUCAAGAGAUUCCCCACAAAGGUGCCUUCUGUGACUUAGUAUGGUCAGACCCUGAAGAUGUAGAUACUUGGGCAAUUAGCCCUCGAGGGGCAGGUUGGUUGUUUGGAGCUAAAGUCACAAAUGAGUUUGUUCACAUCAACAACUUGAAACUGAUCUGCCGAGCCCAUCAACUUGUACAUGAAGGAUAUAAAUUUAUGUUUGAUGAAAAGCUGGUGACGGUAUGGUCUGCUCCCAACUACUGCUACCGCUGUGGAAACAUUGCUUCAAUUAUGGUUUUCAGAGAUGUCAGCACAAGGGAGCCAAAGCUAUUUCGAGCUGUUCCAGAUUCGGAACGUGUUAUUCCACCCAGAACGACGACUCCGUAUUUCCUUUAACUUCAUUUAUUUGCCUGUUGUAGCCAACCUUUAUUGCCCAGCUCACUGCUGCUAAUCAGUGAGGUCAAGUUGUGUUUUUUUUUUUUUUUUGUCGUAUUUUAUAGGGGAAAGUUGGCAAAAUAGAAGACUGAACUGUUAAUUUUCAUUUUUAUAAGCACUUUUUCAUGAAUUUUGGAUUUUUUUGGUUUUGUUUUAUACACACACCUACAUUUUGAGAACAAUCCAGCUCUUGCAUCCUUUUUUAAAGCCACUGGUGGCAUCUUAAGCAAGUGUUAGAGCAUUACUGUUUUUUUAAAUAGAACCCAUCCUCAGAGUUCAUACUGUAAGAAAUGGAGCAUCCAUAUUUUACAAGAGCGACAGAUUGACUUAUCUAAAUAAAAUGAUUUUGAAAUCAAGAUAACUGUAAAAGCAGUCGAGAUGAAAUGCCAAAUAUAGAAUUUAGCUUAAAGUUCAUUUGAGCAUGAAGCUGUAUUUAUUAAAUUGUAUUGUGUGUGGCUCAGUUAUUACAGAUCCCAGAAGACCAACAUAAAAAGCCUGACAAUAUCAACAUUUAUGAUCGCUUGGGCAGUGUGAGCGGGUAUAGAAGGAGACACAAGUCUAUAAAGAUGUUUGUCUUAAUACUUAAUAGGGAGCAAGCUAAUGGUGUGAUGCUCUACAAAGUGUGUUCACUGGUUAUGUGCAGACAUGUGAGUUUUAAGACACAGAGUUGUCUAAAUUUGUUUUGCGGAGGUUGUCAAAGGCAGUGGAUUAUUUUUCAAUUGUAAGAAUGACUAAAUAUCUCAAUUUGAAGAGUCUGGUUAUGACAGGUUUGUACAUUAAAAUAAUUGUAUCUUUUCCA